CUGCAUGUAGUCGAAAAAAAAAACACCGGUCAGCUGGACUCCGUACUGUUGGCAAAAUGUUGGAAGUUAUCAAAAUUGUUGCACAUUCGUCAUAAUUACGCAACUGUUGGAAUACAACCCACGCGAAGCGCACCCCCCUCGCCGACAUACCACUGCCUAGUUGAGUUUUCCCGCCGGUGGCGUGUGUACACACUGGCCACCAAAUGCAGCGACUGACGAAAUCGUUACGUUCACUUCCAUUUCCCGCGGGAAAAAUCCUGCCUCCAGCGCCACGGGCCGCUUUGGUGGUCAGGCGGGAGUACUCCUCGGAGCUGCCGGAGCCCGUGGAACUCAGCUUCGAUGCGUACGUCGGCGAUAAUCCAGAAACGAGGCCACCACUGCUCACAUACCACGGCCUCUUUGGUUCCAAGCAGAAUUGGCGGGGAAUCAGCAAGGCUCUGGUGCGCAAAGUUUCCCGCAAGGUAUAUGCCAUGGAUGUGAGGAAUCAUGGCGAGAGUCCCCAUUCGAGUGUCCACAAUUCCAGAGCGAUGAGCGAGGAUUUGCGAUGGUUCAUGGAGCAGCGCAAUCAUCCGAGUGCCGCCUGCAUGGGACACAGCAUGGGCGGCAGGUCCAUGAUGUACUUUGCCCGGAAAUACCCCGAGUUGGUGGAGCGUUUGAUAGUGGUGGAUAUAUCGCCGAUAAGCGUGCCCCGUUCCACGGGCGAGAUGGCUGAAAUCUUCGAUGCGAUGCUCUCCCUGGACCUUUCGCCGACCUUGUCCAUGUCCGAGGGCAGGAAAAUUGCACGGGAGAAGCUGCUCAAGGCCACCGAAGACCAGACCGUCGACUUUAUCAUGCUGAAUCUUCGCAAGGAUCCUGAUACCGGGGCCUUCACUUGGGCCUGCAAUGCCCAGGUGCUUCGUGACUUCCUCACCCGCUUCGACAAGUACCAGACUCGUCUGGAGGAACUGCCGCCGUACACGGGACCCACUACGUUCAUCUGCGGCACACGAUCACCCUACAUGAGACCCGAGCAAUGGCCGAAGAUUCAGGAAAUGUUCCCCAAUUCUGAGAUCCACUGGCUGGAAGCCGGACAUCUGGUGCAUUUUGAAAAGCCCCAGGAGUUCCUAACAAUAGCCAGCGAGUUCCUGAACAGAACCGAUUAGACCAAAUUUGAUAUUUUAGCCAAUUGUACAAAGAAGUCAAUCGUAGAUCGACUUUAGCUGAAUUGAAA